CCAUUUUAGUAUUUUAUUCAAACUUAGUGGAAAGUGCGAACGAUUCACAGAAAAAUUUUUAAUUCGCAAUAAUGAAAGCAACUGAAGAAUAUCGUUCAAUUUUAAUACACGCUUUAAAAUAUUACAAGAAAAUAUCAAUAAAAUAUUGGGGAUUGUAACGAAAUUCGAACAAUCACAUAACCAGUUGUUUUAUGAUAUAUAACUUGUUAUUUAAUACACAAUAUAAUAUUAAUAUCAAUUAUAACGUUAGACGUUCCCAUGUAACGCUCUGGUGUAUAUAUUGUUCUGGUGUAUAUUUGUUAUUUAAUGAUGGAAUCUUUUGAAUUUCCUAACUAAAUGGCGCUUUGGUCAUCGCUGAUGACCAAACUUGAGGUCUUGUUUCUCCUUAAAUAGGGAAUAUAAUACAACCAAUCCCGAUCCAGUAAUUUGAGAAUAAAAUAUCUAGAUUAUGAUUUGUGUAAUUUUUGAACACAAUAAACAAGGAAAUGAUAAAUUAAGGUCACGGAGGAACUUUUUUCUUUCAAUAAAGACAAUAUUGGGUAUAGGUUAAAGUGAAUUAUUUGGGUUCUGUUAAUACGAGUUUUUGUUCGUUUUAGAAACGUAAAAUAAAAAAUAGUAGCGCAUGUCACGAGGCGAUAUUGCAGUAUAAGAAUCAUGGCGCAGGCGAUGGUAGGCAUCGAAAACGGAUCUAGCCAUCACAUGGCACUUUAUCAAAAAGAUAUUGAAGAAGAUCUAUUGUUCUUUACAAAUAUAGAUGAAGCUACAAAAAUAUGGUUAAAUACUUUGCAUGAUAUGUGGAAAUUAUGGAAGAAAUGUGAAGGAGUUACCAAAACAUUAUUUGAUUAUUUUGAUACUGCUCCAAAUCCUUAUCUAAGUACUUUGAGGAUCCUAGUAAAUACGAUAGAUUUUAAACAUGCAAAAGUAGGAUCAUCUCUUGCCUUUACAGUUAUAGAAGAAUUUUCAAAUUGGUUAGUACCUCGAAAGGAUAGCUAUAAAGAAUGUUUGGUUCCUGAUCUCAAAAUAGCAGCUUUUAAAUUGCUCAAUCGUCAAAAAAAUAUGCAACUAAUUAAAAUGGUCUCAGUUACAUAUGAUUUUAUUGAACAUAAAGAAUUGUUUUUGCAAAUGAUUCAGAACAUAAUCAAUGAAAAAAGGUAUAAAGAAGCAGCACAAUAUGCAACUAUGUUAAGAUUGCAAAUGUGUUAUACCGAUCCGGAAAUAUUAUUACUGCCUCUUAUCUUACAAAAUAAAUUAGCAGUCGUAGAAGAUUUUUUAUUUGAAUAUCCAAAUAUACAGAAAAUAUUGGUAACGUACUUGGAUAAUUUAGUGGCACUAGGAAAAAAUAUGGAUAAUAAAUUAGAACAAUAUAUCGAAACAAAUAAUAUACCAGAUGUAAAAAUUGGAACAAUACAAAUACGACCAAUGACAAAAUUAAUAGCGCGUUUUGCUAAGCUAUAUAAUCUUCCACCAGAAUUGUGUCCGAACUUAAAUCGAAGACGGAAUGAAGGUGCAUUACAAUUUCUUAUUCAUAAGCGAUAUGGUGACGGAAGUUUAAAUACUGAAAGUUGGAGAGAAAUGAUAAGAGAAGCUGUAGGACAUGACAUACAAUUACAGUUAGAAACUGUCAAAUCAUUAUCUAUGGUAGGUGAGACAAAAGAAGGCUUAUAUUGGGCUAAAACAUUUAAUAUUCCUAAAGAACAAUGGCCAUGGGCAAUCUCUUUUCAAGCAGAACAAUAUUCUGAUGAAAUAAAUGUGGGCGCUUCUACUAGCAAAGAGGAAAAUUGGAAUCACGAAGAUAGUUCAAUAUGUUAUCAUACUUUAAAAUUACCUAGAGAUACCAUUAAGCUUAUAGAUAGUCCGAGAUUGUUUGAAGAAUUUCUUGAUAAUGGUUUAAGAGGAAUUCAAAUUGUUGGUAUUGAUUCUGAGUGGAAACCAACUUUUGGUACUAAAAAGACCCAAUUGGCUCUAAUACAAAUAGCAACAGAGACAAAUGUGUAUAUACUAGAUGUUAUUACUAUAGGAAAUCAGCAUGAACAUCUUUGGUCAGAAUUCAACUUACUAUUAUUCGAAAAUAAACAUAUCUUAAAACUUGGUUUUGGAAUAGCCAACGACAUAUUGAUGAUACGCGAUUAUAUACCAGCUAUUUCAAAUAUUAAAGUUAAUGGACAGGGUUGUAUAGACGUAUUAUUUUUAUGGAGGAAGCUAGUAGAAGGAUACAAUUUCCAAUUUCCUUAUAAAGGUGAUCAAAAUUUUACAAGUGAAAGUUUGAGCAAGUUGGUUGAAUUAUGCCUUGGAUCAAGAUUGAAUAAAUCAGAUCAGUUUUCCAAUUGGGAACAACGACCACUAAGGGAAAGUCAAAUAAUAUAUGCUGCAUUGGAUGCUUAUUGUCUUUUGGAGAUAUAUACAACUUUAGCUCAAGAAUGUGAACAUACAGAUAUACCAUUUCAAGAUAUUUGUGCAGAGAUACAACACAUUCCACAUAGACAUUUCAAAAAAACUCCAAAAAAAUAUCUAGAUAGAUCAAAUGCAAAAAUGCAAUCAACAUUAACUAGCGAGAAAAAUAAUUUCCAAAAUGGUAGUAAUUCAAAACAAUUUAAGAAAGUUCUACAAACAUAUCACAAUUCUUCAAACCGUAAAAAUUUCACUAAGCAAGAAAAUAAACAAAAGCAAUAUCAAUUAUAUCCACAAAAUCCUUCUGGCCCUAUACCAGCGCACAGUUGGCGUGCUGUAUGUGAUUCAAUGUUGGGAGGUUUAGCAAGCAAAUUACGUAUGUGUGGAUGUGAUUGCUUAUAUGUAUUAUUUGAUAAAGGAGGAGAACAAUCUGCUAAAUUAGCAGUGCAUGAAAAUAGAAUUCUACUUACACAAAGAUUUACACAGUAUCUGCCAUUAGAAAAUUGUUAUAAAGUUAUUUCAAGUACACCUAACGAACAAUUGCGUGAAGUUUUAAGUCAUUUUUCUGUGAUUGUUACACAAAAGGAUAUAUUAAGUCGAUGUCAAUUUUGCAAUUUUGAUGAAUUUGUUGAAGUUCCAAAAACUUUAAUGGAUGAACUUGUUAGAAGUUUUAUAAAUAUAACAAAGCAUGAAUUUCACAAUAAUGAACUUGAUCAGCUUUUGCCUGCAAGUCAAUACGCCGAAGAUCUUGAAGAGGUCAAUAAAAUUUAUUUUAAGGAUCAUUUUACUAAACAAAACCAAAACCGUACAUGGCAUCUUAGUACGGGUACUUUAGAUGUUAAAACGUGUACAACUAAAUAUCAUAUGCGAGUACAAAUUAAUAAAGUUCCAUUGAACAUAUUGAGAAAAAUAUUGUUAUUUUACGUCUGUGAACACUGUGGAUAUAUAUAUUGGGAUGGAAUACAUUUGGAGCAAAUUCUUAACGGCGCUAUUCAAGACUUGAUUAUUAAGGAAUAAAUAGCAUAUAUGUUUAAAUGUGAUAGACUCUCGAAGAAUGCUUGAGGACUAAUAUGAAGCACAAAUCAAAAUUGUCCUUAUCGGUUAACAACUUCGAGCCAACGAUAAGUAAUUGUUCCUAGUAUUUACAGCGCCGAUUGUAUAGACGCUUAACUGUCACUGGUACCCUGAUUCAAGUAUAUUGUUUAUAUGUGAAAAAAAAAA